UCUUCCAGCACGAAGUAUAGUUCCAAGAAAUCAUCAUCCCGUUCUACUAAAAAUUCCAAGUCUAAUAAACCUAGAAAAAAUAAGCAGACUAUCUUGGAAGAAACUGUUCGUAAAAUUAUGCAAAGUGAGCUCAAAUUACUUUUUCCCUUCCUCUUACCUGGGGUCGAGCCGGCUCACAAGACUACCCCUCAGGAGUCUGGUUCAAAUAAAGCCAAUUCAGUAAAACAAGUGCCUCCUAUUCCGGCUAUAGUGGAG